GGCUUGAUGGCUUCCUUCUCUUCCUCAGAUCGGUCGAUCGGUCGGUCGGUCCCCUCCCUUCUGCAACAUUGGAGAACUGAGUUAAGGGACGUGCACUGCGAAGCAUGGGAUGUGCUCCCGAAUCCUGUCGUUUUGAGAGUGCCAAGACGCCGCGAACGGACCAGUUUCAUGUGAGAGCUUCUCCUGGAGAGAGUUUCUGAGCAACUGUGAGCAACAUCGAAAUAGCUUAGCUAUUUGAAGCCGGUUUAUCCUCCAACGACUCGGAAUCUUGACACGAUCCUUAUCCAAUCCUAGAAUAUUUUUAUUUAUAAAUGUCUUUUGGCGGAAACUUUCAAGACAGAAGCCCGAUAGCUACUUGAAUGGACAAUUCUUACUCAUCUUGUUCUGCGCCAGGAUGAGAGUGUGAUUUGUAAACUCUUCAGAGGGGAAACUCCUCUGACUCAUUCCAAUUUUCAAUCAUGACGGGGGAACAGAGUCUUCCGCUUGUUGUGUUCUGGAUCAACUUUUGGCUGUGCUGUGGAUCCCCGUUUCAAAAUGAAGCAGGGGACUUCAUAUCUCCGGAUAUCCUCCAAUCCGAACCGGCUCUUAGUUCGACACCCACAUUUCUUGAGCAGCCUCAAGACUCCUAUGUGUCACGAGGUGUGUCCGCCAAUUUGACUUGUCAAGUGGCGGGUGCCACUCGGGUUGUGUUUCAGUGCAAUGGCGAGACCAUGACAAGGGCCUCGGAGACGAGGCUCUCCAACCCAUCGUCUCCGAUGAAAGUGACCAAAGUUGUGAUAACAGUGAAGAAGAGCCAAGUGCUCGACGUGUUGGGCUUGUUUUCUUGCCAGUGUCAUGCUUACCACGAAGGAGGCCAAGUCAAAUCUCGCGAAGCCUUGGUGCACAAUGCAUAUUUGAAGCGUGACUUUGAGACUCCGCCGUACUCUCAACAAAUCGAAGUGGGCCGGCAAGCCAUGCUUCGAUGCCACCCUCCUCGAGGUGAACCCGAGGCUCGGGUCACUCAUUGGCUCAAGAAUGGUCAAGUGGUUGACCCGAAUCAAGACUCAAAUUUCAUUCAAUCUCCCACCGGACAUCUGCUAAUCCAGCAGGCCCGCAUGACGGACAGUGCUAAUUACACUUGUGCGGCUUCCAAUGAUGUCAUUGAGCGGAUCAGCCCUCCCGCUGUGAUCGAAGUUUACGCUCGAGGUCAAUGGGGCGUGUGGGGCGAAUGGUCGGAGUGCAAUGCCAAAUGCGGGAGGGGCGUGCGUAAACGAGUGCGGCAUUGCAAUAAUCCAGCACCCGUGAAUGGGGGUCCGGAAUGUGAAGGGGCGCCAAUUCAGAAGAAAACCUGCAAUGAAGUGUGCCCAAGCGUAGAUGGAGCUUGGUCAGAUUGGUCCUCUUGGUCCUCUUGUAGUCCAGAUUGCCUCCAGUUCCGUCGUCGUGAUUGCAAUGACCCAUCUCCCAAGCACGGAGGACGAUAUUGUCUGGGGAAAGAUAUAGCCCGUAAAAAUUGCACAGAUGGCGAGGGUAUCUGCAAGAGUCUCAACGCUAUUGUACUUUAUGGAACGGAACCUCCUCCUCGUCAAAAGGAGAAUCUCACCUCUGACCUAACCUUGAUUCUGGGAUUGGUCAUAGCCUUGAUUGUUUUAUUUGUGGUCAUAUUGAUCAUGUGUAGAUUACUCAAGAAGAAGGCGCGAUCAGACGAUUCGGCCUAUGGGUUGAACGCGGGCUAUUCUCGCAACGGCCGCGCCGGAUGUCCUAAGAAAAUUCACAAUCAUCGACCUCACGAAAUGCCUUGUGAUUGUACCGAGCAAUCUUACUCGGAAAGACAUUCCUCAGAGGCGGGAAGUCACAAAGAUGGCUCGUCGACACCCUUGCAAUCCCUCAUUAGCGGACCACAUAUUCCCGUGGAAAUUCGACCCAUCAGCGAGCAUUACUAUGAGCAGCCCAUGGUGGUGUUUCCGCCCAAUCAAAUAAAACCGUCUCUUGAGGAGCAUUUACCUUUUCUCGAAUCUCCGCGAUGGUCACCCGCGUCCAGUUUUAACUCUCAAGCCGAACAUCUGGAGGAUCGGGUGGGAGGGUCGUACGCCAAUCAGAAGUACCGCACCCCGGCUCGAAUUCAACUUCCCAAAUGCGCUGAGUUUCGCACCACCAAUUGGACGCUGGCCACGCCCAAGGGCGGCAAAAUCAACAUUGCCAAAAGUGACGUCUGCCUCACCAUCCCACAAGGUGCACUCACCUGCGUUCAGGAGGUGUUCGUGUCGGAAAUCUCACUGGAUCGACACAAACCUCAAUUAGACGGUAGCCAAGCGGCCGUCACCCCAGUUGUUUUGUGUGGACCAGUGGACAUCACACAUUCCUUGCAGAAACCAGUGGUUCUCUCUGUUCCACAUUCGGGGGGCAAGGGCUUAGAGAAGCUAAUGGUACUUUAUUGUGCCAACUUAGACCUUGAGGAGGUGGAUUGGCAGCCGGUACCUAUCAGUAAUUGUGACGUGAGCAAGCCAUUGGACGACUUCGUCUACCUUCAAAUCGAUAGCACCACCAUUCACCUUGUCACAGAGCGGCUGGGUGCGUACGUGUUCGUGGCCAAUCUUAUGGACCUGAAUCAGAUCAAAGGCUCGGAAGGUAGUGCGUUACACCCACGAUCCGGUCAAUCUUCGAUUGGGUAUGCAUCCAUGAGCUCUCAAGCCCAAAGCCCACGUUCACCCCCACCUUUACUUUCGCUAACCACCAAAAAGGCCCUGUGUCGAUGUCUGGAUGUGCCUUCUUGCGAAGGCAAUGGGUGGCAGCAAUUAGCUACUGCUCUUGGGGCGGAUCACUAUUUGCCGUUCCUAGAUAGUCAAGCCAGUCCAUCGGAAGCUCUUCUCAAUCUGUGGGAGUCGAGGAAUUGCGAAUCCGAUCCAUUGCUCAGUCUGGCCCGUUUACUCAAAGAUAUCAAGCGAGAGGACGCUAUCGUCAUUCUGGAACGUGAUCUCAGACGAGAUUACUGACAUGUAACUACUCUAUCUGAACUGUGAUACAAACAUGUAACCACGUGUGAACAUUGUGAAUUAAACUUGAAACGUUUC